AAUAUUCUUGUGUAGUGGUUUGCAACGGUUAGUAGCUCGUUGAGUGUUUUACCUCAUUGAAGAUGUUAUUUGAUAAGAAGCUUUGCCAUCUUCAUAAAAAUAGGUUUAGUUACAAACACGUUCACGGUUCACAAUUACACGGUUUAAACUUCACGAAAGUAUUGGCUCACAGUAAAUCCAAUCUUGAUGAUCUCGACGUAAGAGCACUUAAAUUGAUUAGUAUCAAUCGUGCAUCUAUUUUAAGUUUAGAGAAAUAAGCUUUAAGGCGGUUGUGUUUCUAUUUUUUUUGUUUCUGGAAUCAAAACAUUGCACGAGUUUGAAAUGUACACACAGAGAGUAUGGUCCAGUGACUGUUUUUUACAUUGCUUACAUUAUAGAACAUUCCGAUCUACAUUCCAGAAUAACUCAAUGAAUAUCAAUAACAUCUAAACAUUACUCUGGGAAAUUGG